UAUCAUCUCGUGUAUGUCGCCGCGAGGCUGCUGUUACGCAUGAUGCACGAGGUCUUGUCCGCAAGCACCUCUCUGUCGAAAUUUUACUUCUAUGUUACAAGGGCAUUGCUGCGACGUGAUUGGAAUCGAGGUCGAGACUGUGAAGAAUAGCACAGGAUGUGCCCAGGAGAAAGUUGAGUUUAAUCGUUGCAACGAAGACGAAAUGGUUUCAAGGCAGGGACAGCAUAGCGGAACAAGCGAGGGGUGAAAACUCGAGAGAUUGCGAGAGGAAAGGAUAGCAUUUGUGGAGGCAGUUACAGCAGUAGCAGUGAAGAGGCUGCAAGAGGCUGGCAGACCCCUAACUGCGGCGUACAAGGGCGCGCCUUUAAUCAUCGGACAAAAUAUUAAAUCACGGAAGGUUGUCCAGUAGAGGUCGUGGGCGGAGAGAUUGCUCGGACACGCCAAUGUGGCGAGCCAGAGGAGAGCAGAAAACUGCAGCACACUCCGAAUCGAAGAAUGCGAAGAAGGAUGUAUUACAGCGGUACAGCUUUAAGCACAUGAGAAAAAUUACCUAUUUAGUACUCUGGUGUACCGCGGAUGAAAUAGUCCCCCAUCGAGACGUUUUAGAUUUUGUGAUGGCAACAGAGAGGUAAUUACGUGGAGGGCAAUGAGACGGGCAAGAGUCGCUGCUGUGCUGCACGGUGCGGCAGAAACGAAAAUAGCACCCGGAAGUUGGCGGGGUCUGUCUUCGUUGAUAGGGGUCAUGGCGCAGACGAAUCUGUCGCGGAAGCCACAAAAGAAGAAGCUGCUCAAGAGGCUGGAAUUGGAGAAGUGGCAGAGACAUGCCGGAGACACGGGCUCGCCGGAAUGCCAGAUUGCGGCGCUGACCGUGCGCAUCGACGCGCUACGCCCUCUCGUCAACUCCACCGCCCGGAUGGACUUCUCGUGCAAGCGCGGAUACGUCAAGCUGCUGGCCAGGCGGCGGAAGAUGCUGGCCUACCUCAAGCGCAAGGACUUCGAGAUUUACCGCAAGGUCGCGCUGGAAACCGGCCUGCGAUGA